UUAAUAUAUAACAUAUGUACAUACAAUGGAUCAAUAUAAAAUUACAUUUGGGGUUAGCCUUUAUAGUGUUUAAUUUUAAAAUCAACUAUAUUUCUAUAUAUUUUAUCCAAAUCAUUAGGGUUAAAAUUGACAUUAUGAUACACAGCUUUAAGUCUACUGUUCCAUACUAAGUUUCUGUAUUCUGAUAAAAUUAUUAAGUUAAAAUUAUGUAUCAUCUUGUGUUUAGCUUUAGGCAACUUGUUUAAGAGAAUAGAUAAAUUAAUAUUCACAUAGGUUUCACAAUUUCCUUCUAAUGAAUCUCUUACAGUAUUUCUAACAUUACUAAAUAAAGAACAUUCUAAAUAUAAAUGCUUUUCAUUGUCACCAUUAACAGAUUGACAAAAUUUACAAUAUUUUACACCAGGUUUUUUCUUUGAAAAUGGAGUCAUCCCAAAGAUAAGUCUGUAAGAUAUUUCUUUAGCUUUUGUUGCAAUGUGUUUGUUAUGAAGGUUAGUAAAAGUGUCUUUAAAAUCUGUUAUAUUUAAAUCUUUUCCCCAUUUAAUCCUAAUAGCUAAAUUUUCUUGUAACUGUUUUUUUAAUGUUGUGUAUAUUUCUUUAUAUUUAUUGUGUAUUGAAGGUUCAUUGCCUGAAAGAGUUCUUGAGAUGGAUCUAUAAAAAGGAUGUUUGGACUGCAGUUUUCUUGACCUCGCUAUUGGCUUUGUGUUGUCUGUGAACUACGUCACCAGAGUGUGUUUGGAUGACGUCAGCCAAUACGAACGAUUAAGAAUUGACAUCUCCUCAUGACAAUGUCAUCAGGUUUUGGCAAAACAAACUUUCACAUCAGCCUAGAACCAAGAUCUUUGUGCUGCUUAGAAUGGGGAAAUUGGGAAAGGCCUGACGCUUUGUUUGUUCCUGGAUACAUUAGCUCAUUUCCCAUUGGUCUAUUACAUGACUGGAAGUAUUUGGAGGCUGUUCCCAAGUGUGACUGUAUUGACGGAGUUGACUCAGGCGUCUUACAUAAAGUUCAUGGACAUCUCAGGGCUGACUUGGCUUCUAAAAAUCUGAGGCACAAAUCCACAUCUGGGUCACAUUUGGGUGAAAUUUUCUGCUUACCAUUUGCUGCAGGUCAUUUCUUUUCAUCCAGCAUGUUGGACAACUCUGUUAUAUCAGACAUUCACCAAGAGUUAACUCAUUUCUUUUAUUUGACUUUUGCUGGGCAUUAAUGGAGAACAAGGUUCUGGACAUUUGUCAAGUAAUUGAAGAUUAUUACAUCAUAGCCAAAACCUCUGACAGGAUAGCAGGGAAUGGCAGUGUGCAGGGUUUGAGCCUGAGAGGAUCUAGGCAAUGUCAAGUGCAAACCACACUACCAGGAUUGUAAUCGGAAAUCCCUUAC